AUGAAUAGAUUCAAAAGAGUGUUUAAAGACAACUUGCCAACGAUUAUUAUGACUCUAUUGGUAAUGUUUCAAAAUAUCUUUGGAAAUGGCACAAUAUUAAUAGCAAUAUUGAUAGUAUUAGUUUAGGGUUUAAGAAUUAUAUUAUGUUUCAUCACUUAAAUCAAAGAAUAUAUCCAAUAUUUUGAUUUGAUAUAGUAAUGGAGUUUGCUUUUAGCAAUUUAUUUUGGAUCCAAUCAAAGCUCUAUGUCAGUCUUAGCAUUAUGCAAUGUUAAAUAGUUCUUUAAUACAAAAAUAAAUUUAUAAACCAUAUAACUUAAGAAGCUAUUGAUUAUUCAUCACAUAGUUUCUGACUUACUUCUAUUUAUAUUGUGUUCAAUAAACUCCAUGACGGAAGCCCAUCUAUCGAUUGUAGCAAUUUCAAUUCAUUGGCUAAUUUUAAUUUCUAAUUCUAAACCUAAAAAAAUUAAAAAGAUCACAGACAGUUAUACUCAAGGGGAAAUCCCAGACAAAAUAGUAAUAGACAGUGCAGGUCACACGAACAAUCAUUCCAGAAUCAAAUUUCAAGACAAACCAAGUCAUAAUGACAGUCCUAGAGACAAUAAAUUGGAGAUUUUAAGCAUCUUCCCUUAAGGAAUAGGAUUGUUCAAAGUAUGUAAUAAGUAAUUAGAAUUGGAGUAUCAUAAUGAAAAUAUGUUAAAGUUGUCAGCUGCAUAAUCAUCCGAUGAGAUCUUAUAGAAAUUGUUUAGCCUUGAAUAACAAUAAAUAACAGAUAUGUAAUAAAAAUAGUAAUAAGAAUAAAAAAACUCAAUGAGUUCAUUCUCUACUUUCUAAUAAACCCCAAUUCCUUGUAAUUUCAUUCAUAAUGCUUUUCGUAAUCAAAGGAGAUCCCAAACUAAUCAGUUAUAAUCAUCUCAAAGGAUUGAAAUACUCAGGCAGAAUUCUGUCUUGAAUUCUCUCGAACAUAAAACAGUUUUGUUAAAAAAAUGUGAUACUUUACAUGAGGAAUCAAUUUUGGAAUCAGAGAUUAGAGUGUUAGCACAUUAAAUGAGUAAGUCUGAAUUCUAAAGUCAGAUGAAAUGUUAAAAUGAAUUUAUUUAAGAACAUAUUGUCGUUUAUGGAUACUAAAAAGCUUAAGAUGGAAAUAAAAAAAGGACAAUCGAAGUCAAGUUGUACAAUGCAUUGAUCAGUGAAACCCCCUACAUAUUGAUAUUGACUCGGGACAUAACUCACCGAGAUUAUAUUUAAGCUUUAUAAGAUUAUAGCAAGUAGAAAUCAACAACCUUAUCAUUCGUGAGUCAUGAAUACAGGACACCUUUGAAUUGUAUCAUAGAGAUGUUGGAAUUAGGAAUUGAUGAAGAAUAGAAGCAUUAGUCAUAAACAGUGAUAAUGGAAAAAGAAUGCAGGAGAGUUAUGAAAGUUAAUUAUCCAAUUAAAAUCACUAAAUAAAUAAAAAUUGCUUUGGACAAUGCAAAAUAUUUAUUGAAUUUGAGUGAUGAUCUUUUGGAUUUAGCUUAAAUAAAAGUUGGAAAAUUUAAGAUUAAUAAAGCCAAAUUUAAUUUUAAUUUAUUACUUGAAAGUUGUGUUGAUUUAUUUUAGGUUACAGCAGAAAAAAAAUAAAUCAAACUAUUCAUAAAUUAUGAAAGCAAGGCUCCAACGUAUAUUUACUCAGAUUCCAGCAGAUUAAAACAAAUCAUGAUCAAUCUUCUAGGCAAUGCAUUCAAAUUUACAGACGAUGGUUCUGUUACUAUAAAAGUUUCAUUGGUUAAUCAGAAACUGGAUGUUUCAGUCAUUGACACUGGAAUUGGAAUGACAGAAGAAGAUUAAGCCAAAAUAUUUCAGGCUUUUGGUAAAGGAAAUAGUGAAGAACAUAAAAAGAUGAAUAAAUCAGGAGUUGGUUUAGGAUUAUUAAUUAGCAAUCAAAUCCUGUAAAACUUGAAUUAAGAUUUGCAAAGUGGUCUCAAAUUUAAGUCCUAAUAUAAGAAAGGUUCAAUAUUCUAUUUUCAAAUAGGAUUUUAAGAUCUAAACGAAAUUUAAUCUUUGAACAGCUUGGAAGAACGUAAUUAAGAAAGUGAAGAGUCCAUUAUUAUGCAACAAUAAUAAGAGGAAAGCAUUCACAAAGUUUAUGUUCAUAAUCACAUCUCAAUAUUUAAACGAUCAACUAAGGCCAUUAUGACUUUACAGAUUUUGAUUGUAGAUGACACUUGCAUGAAUAUAGAAAUGAUGAGGUUAAAACUUGAUAGAUUGUAAAAUAAUAAUAAUAUUAUAAGAGGAUUUGAUUCGGUAGAUUCAGCAUAUAAUGGUUAUUCUGCAAUAGAGAAAUGUGAAAAAAAAUGGUAAAUCAACCACGACUUCUAUAAAUUGAUUUUUAUGGAUUUGGAAAUGCCCAGUAUCAAUGGAAUUUAGACAACGAAAAAAUUGUUAGAAUUAUCCUAAAAAUUCGGAACAAAUGUCACAAUUAUAGGAUGUUCUGCUUAUGAAAGUAAUGAAUAGAAAAAUGAGUGUUUACAAGCAGGUAUGAAAGAUUACUUAACAAAACCCAUUUAAUUAAAUGAUCUCUAAAGAGUAUUGUAGUAGUAUUUAUGA